AUGAUUCCAACAACUCGGAGCAAUCACCAAGAUCUUCCUUCUUAUGAUCAGCAUGCGACGGGCAACAAUAACCAGCAUCAACACACUACCCAUUCGAAUGAAGAACUAUUGAAGGAAACUGAAAACAGAAAACAAAUACCAUCCUAUAUCGAGGAAUGCAUGCUUCGGAUCAAUCAAUUGCCAGUACAGGACUCUCGGGAUAUAUUUGCUCUCAUUCAUCCAAGAGUAAAGGCCUAUAUUCUUUCAUGGACCAUACUAUCAUUCGAAAAUACAUCGGAACGAAGAGAGAAUAUUUGUAAAUUAUCAUUUAUCUGUAGAGAAUGGAGACAACUUUUGAAGGAUCUUGUGCGGUAUAAAUGUUUAGAUUUUGAUAUGCAUUCAACAACAAUUUUGGGAAAUAUGUUUGAUGGUUUCAAGAUUGUUCCACUAAAAGCAAUUCGACAACGAUACAUUAUCAUUGGAAACGAGGAGAAUCGACGAGUUGGAUAUUUUCAAUCUGCAUUGGCCAGCUUUGGCUUGCCUCCUGCAGAAUGUGUGACAUGGGAGACACUUGUCUCUGCAGGAACAGUGAAUCCAAUUAAUCAUCAAAUCAACGUGGUCGAUAAUAAUGAAAUUGCUCAAGUAGAUUGGGCUGCCAUUAUUGAUAAAAUCAAAAGAGCAUACAAAAGGAAAACAAACCAAGACUUGAGAACAGAGGAUAUUAUGGUUCGAGUGGAUUCUCCAGGAGAAAACUUUUUUGUAGAGAGAGGAUUGUUUUCUCUUGGAUGUCAAGCAAUGAAUAAUGAAGCUUUAGGAACUCGAAUCUCGGAAUAUGACAUUAAUAAUACUCUUGCUUUUGAUCUGGGGCAAGUGAGAUAUGUCAAACAGUGGUAUUUGGGAUUCGUCAACGCCCUUAAUCAGAUAUAUUCUACUCUCAAACAUCAUGGCCUAAUUAAUUUUAAUGCAACUGCUGAGGAAAUUGCCAUAACUUUUGAUAAGCGAUUAUGUCAUCAACUUCUUUCCAGACAUGGAAUUCCUGUUCCAAAAGCAUUUUACAAUAUUACCUCCUAUGAUGAGUUGUUAUCAGUAACAAGAGAACAUUCCAUGAAUAGAGUUUUUGUCAAGCUCGCUCACGGUAGCAGUGCCAGUGGAGUUAUUGCAUAUUGUUACAUGGAGCAACAAUUGACUGAGAUUAUACCUCCUGUCCUUAAGGAAUUGGCAACCACUAGUGCUGAAUUGGUGAGAGAUCGAAACUUUCCUCAAUUCUUUAAAAUAUACAACUCGCUCCGUAUUAGAAGAUACACUAGAAAUGAAGAUAUUAGAGAGGUGAUUAAUUUUGUAUGUGGUGAGGGCGUAAUUGUCGAAGAAUGGUUGGAAAAGGCAAAUUAUAUGGGACGAGGUAACUUUGAUUUGAGAAUUGUGGUGAUUGGAGGAAAAAUUAUGAAUUUUGUUGUAAGAACAUCAAAGAGUCCAAUGACCAAUCUCCAUCUCGGAAAUAAGAGAGGUGAAUGUGAUGAAUUUUUACGUUUAAUUGAAUACAAGGCUCCAGGCUCAUGGGAACGAAUCAAAGAAACAUGUCACAAAAUUCACACACAUUGCUUGCCCAACGCUUUGUGUUUGGGUAUUGAUGUCAUGCUGUCUGAGGAUUUCAAAGAACAUUACAUUUUGGAAGUGAAUGGAUUUGGAGAUUUGAUCCCACGGGUGUACUAUGACAAUUUUGACACCUAUCAGAACCAACUUCGAGAGGCUCUAGAAAGGUCGCUCUUUUUGUGGAAUUAA